UAGGAAUAGUAGCAGUAGUAGUAGCAGUCAGGUGGGGAUGGAUUUGGAGAGCAAGCCAGCGUUACUGGGCUAUCGCAUGCCUCCAGAGUGGGAAACCCAUUCACACUGUUGGAUGGGAUGGCCUGAACGUCCUGAUAACUGGCGGAAUAACGCAACACAUGCCCAACGUGUAUUUGUGAAGGUAGCAUCUGCCAUCUCCAGGUUUGAGCCUGUGACUGUGUGUGCAAGUCCUGCACAGUGGGAAAAUGCACGUAAUCAAAUACCCAAAGAUAUCAGGGUCGUUGAGAUGAGUAUAAAUGAUGCCUGGUUUCGUGAUACUGGACCAACUUUUGUUGUAUGUGACCACAUAACGCAUUCAGGAGACCCAGUGCGGAAGAUUGCUGGAAUUGAUUGGAAUUUUAACUGCUGGGGUGGUCCUGAUGAUGGAUGUUAUGCGGACUGGAGUCUUGAUCAACUUGUUGCCAGGAAGAUUUUGGGAAUUGAGAAGCUUCCUCGGUUUCCUCAAUCUAUUAUUCUUGAAGGUGGAAGCAUCCAUGUAGACGGAGAAGGGACUUGCCUUACCACUGAAGAGUGCCUGCUGAAUAAAAAUCGGAAUCCCACUUUAACAAAAGAACAAAUAGAGAAUGAGCUUAAGAUGUAUCUUGGAGUCAGGAAGGUUAUAUGGUUGCCUCAAGGGCUAUUUGGUGAUGACGAUACUAAUGGUCACAUUGACAAUAUGUGCUGCUUUGUUAAGCCUGGUGUGGUUCUCUUAGCCUGGACUGAUGAUGAAUCAGACCCCCAGUAUGAGCGAUCUGUUGAGGCAUUGUCUGUUCUUUCCAAAGCCACAGAUGCCUGUGGAAGAGCAUUUGAAAUAAUUAAGCUCCACAUACCAGGACCUCUUUUCAUGACAGAAGAAGAGGCUGCUGGAGUUAUUCAGGAUGGGAGUGUGAGAAGAAUCUGUUCUCACUACUUGUACUGUACUGAUUGGCUUGCAUGCAAAUGGGACCGGGACCUACCACUUGUAGAUUGGAUUGAAUGAGCCUUCCUCCGAAGAAUGAAAUUUUCAAGGAAUUCAGAGCAAGGUUUGAAACCCUAUGAGUAGGAUAAUUUGAUAUGUUGAUUUCAGCUUAAGAAAUUUAUCUGUGAGCUAUCUAAUGGUUGGUUCCAACCACCUACAUAUGUGACCUUUCUGGGUGACCCGGGGACUUUGGAAGUGGCUUCUUCUAUGCAUGCUUAUUUUGCUGGUGUUUGGAUGUUUAGUCCAUCUCUCAAGACAUGUCCAAUUUACAUUGUACAUAGUGAAAACAUGGGCAGAAGUACAAGAGGCUAGGCCAUAGCAUCUCUUGACAAAUUUGUAUCAAUUAUCUCUUGGGUACUUAUGGAAUCAAAAUCUGUUCAGAUUAUUAGCUGAAUACUUUAUGUUGAGUCUAAAUAACUAACAGUUAAUGAAAAGUUCUACUCUUAAUUU